GAAGAGGUCACGGGUCGCCGCCCCACCAAAAAGGCCCGCCCGCCUUUUCUGCUCCCCGCGCUGUCUAUUGCCAUCAAAACAAACAACUCCAACUCUCGCAACUCCUCACCUCCACAACGCAACCCUAGAAACACACGAACAACGCAAUACCUGCCAUUCAAAAUGUCCGCACCAGCAGAAAAAAACGACGCCAAAGGAAAGGGCAAGGACACCGAGCCAGAGAACACCGACGUUACUAUGGAAGGUGAAGACAGCUCCAGCGACGAGGAGAUUGUUGAGGUAAGCUACACCCCCUUAGAAGGUCUAUAUCUUGAGGCAUUGGCUAAUAAAUACAAUAGGGCGAGCCAACUGGUAAUUGAUUCCCUACUGUGAUGCUGCGAAACUUUUGGGACCUUCACUUACAAAGUGUUUAGUUGACGAGCCUGAUGAGGAUAACAUGGAGGAGAUCGAUACCGAGAACAUUCUCCCAAGCCGCACCCGUCGCCGCAACAUCGAUUUCGCCAAGGCGGCCCAAGAGGAUGGAGGAGCUGACGACGAGGACGAGGAAGAAGACGGUGAUUUUGAGGAGACCAACGAGCCAAUGGAGGACUAGAAAUUUCAGUCGAUUUACAUCAUGUUCUGUUUGGCUAUGCGAACUCUGGAUUCCCCCUUUCAACUUCCUCCCGCAGAUCAUCUUUGAUCAAUCUCGCACAUUUGUUGGAGGUCGUUGGCUUUGACAAACAAAACGGACAUGAAAAGUUCUCAAGAUCGAAUGGAUACUCUUUGUUUCUUGUCUGCCGUUUUCUUUUCUUCAUGGAUUGCAUUGGCCGGUAGCUUCUUAUUUCUUCGGGGGGUGAAAAAUACAAAAAGUUCAUGUCUACAAUGCGGGGGUAUGGAACUAUGGCAGAUGAUUUGAUGAGAAUUUGGGGCGUAGCUUGGAAGGUCCUUACAUAGGACCAUCAUUACUGUAGACGCAGUGAAAUACAGCAAGGAACCAAAUACCCAGAAUGAAACAAUAUCUCACCUCUUGGAUCGCGGUACUUGUAGCUUGACGGAAUCUAUUGACGUUUGUCAAUUCAGAACACCCAAAAGCGCUUGACACUGAACUUUUAAAAGCA